AUGGGUAAAGCUAAGAAGACAAGAAAGUUCUCUGUGAUGAAGCGCACCGUCGCUAACUACAAGAAGCAAGAGGAAGAAGCCAAGAAGGAUAAGAAGGACCCCGAGCUCACCAAAAGCGUUCCGCAAGUGUCCCUGGCUUUGUUCUUCAAGUACAACGAGGCUAUCAAGCCACCCUACCAAGUUCUUAUUGAUACCAACUUUGUGAACUUUUCCAUUCAAAAGAAGAUCGAUAUUGUCAGAGGGUUGAUGGACUGUCUUUUGGCGAAGUGUAUUCCCAUUAUCACCGACUGUGUUAUGGCUGAACUCGAAAAGUUGGGUCCUAAGUACAGAAUCGCCCUCAAACUUGCUAAAGACCCGCGGAUCCAAAGAUUGUCUUGCUCACACAAGGGGACUUACGCCGAUGACUGUUUGGUGAAUCGUGUCAUGCAGCACAAAUGUUACAUUGUUGCAACCAAUGAUGCUGAUCUCAAACGCCGGAUUCGUAAGGUCCCUGGUAUUCCUAUCAUGUCAGUUGGGGGCAGAACUUAUGUCAUCGAAAGAUUGCCUGACGUCUUUUGA